GCUCACUACAGCCGCAAUAUCAACAGCUUAACUUUUUCAAUCCAGGAACAGUCCAAGACAACACCAUGAACUUUUACAAGAUCUUCGUUUUCGUCGCCCUCAUUCUGGCAAUCAGCAUGGGACAAUCGGAAGCUGGAUGGCUGAAAAAGAUUGGCAAGAAACUCGAACGCGUUGGCCAACACACUCGAGAUGCCACAAUCCAGGGUCUGGGAAUCGCCCAACAAGCCGCCAAUGUCGCAGCAACAGCCAGGGGUUGAUGAUGCUGAUUAACUAUAUUUAACUAUUUAUACAAAAUCGUAUUUAUUCUAUGGUCUUAA